CCGCCCUUCUCCCAACCUCAUCUCUAAUCCCAUUCACAUUCGUACCAUGUCCCUUAAAGAGCCUUCGACGUUGCGCGACCGCCAGCGCGAAUGCUUGGAGCGCAUGCUCAACUUGAACGCCGACACCCCUGCGGACACGCCGGUGUGGAAGGCGUUAGUGCUCGACACACGCUCACAGGCCAUUGUGUCUUCUACGAUGCGCGUGAACGACUUGUUGCGCUGCGGAAUCACUGUACACAGCCUUAUCAACGCGCCGCGUGCGGCACUCCCAGAUGUUCCCGCGGUGUACUUUGUGGAGCCCACGGUGGAUAACAUUCGCCAUAUUGUUGCGGACAUAGAACGCGACACCUACGCAGCGGUGUACGUUAAUUUCACGUCUGCAUUGCCGCGCGCGCUCUUAGAGGAGUUUGCGAAAAAGGUUGCGGUCGCGGGCAAGGCCGCACGUGUUGCACAGGUGUACGACCAGUGCGCGGACUUUGUGGUGACCGAGCCGGACCUCUUUGCGCUUGAACUCCCGGGCGUGUAUCGCCAAUUCACCUCUGCCGUCACUACGGAAGCCCAGAUUGACACGUUGACAUCACAGAUCGCUGCUGGUUUGUUCGAUGUGCUCAGCACACUUGGCAGCAUGCCCGUGAUCCGCUGCCCCUCGGGAGGCCCCGCGGAGUUUGUCGCGACCAAGCUCGACGCGCGCUUGCGCGAUCACGUCGCAAAUACCAAGGGUGCGCAGCCACACCGCCCCGUGCUCAUUUUGCUUGAUCGCAGCUUCGACUUGCGUGCGAUGCUCGCGCACUCGUGGAUUUACCAGUGCAUGAUCAGUGACGUUUUUGCACUCGCACGCAAUACCAUCACACUCACGGAGACGAAGGAUGGUGCACGUACGGUGCGCAAGUAUGACGUGGAUCCGGGCGACUUUUUCUGGGCCGCAAACGCCGCUUUGCCAUUCCCGGACGCGGUUGAGAACGUGGAGCGCGAGUUGGCCGCGUACAAGGCGCGCGCACAGGCCGUCACCGCAGCCGACACGGACGUGCACGAUCUCGACGGUGCGCGCGAUACCGCCCGUAUCCAGCACGCAAUCCUGGUGUUGCCCGAACUCGCUGCGCGUAAGAACAUCAUUGACAUGCACAUGAAUGUGCUCGCGGCGUUGCUCGCGGAGUUGGAGACGCGCAAGCUCGAUCGGUUCUUUGAGAUCGAGCAGGGCACCGGGCCCAAAACUCAGGCGCAGUUCUGGGAGCUUGUGCAAGACACCGCCGCGCCCGUCAGUGAUAAGUUGCGCACGUUCAUGGUGUUGACAUUGGGGACGGACCUUCCCGCGGAAUAUGUCACGAAGUGCGAGGCCGCACUUGAGGCACAAGGUGCGGAUUUGGCUGCAUUGCGUCACGUACGCCGUGCGAAGGAGCUUACAAAGAUGAGCCGCACAUUUGCCGCACGCGACGUCGCGCCUGCGCCGGCUGGUGCGUUGAGUGGUCUUUCAUCACGCCUCAUGGGUUUGACCGACGGCGGGCUUCUCACUGAGGGGGUAGGAAGUUUGCUCACGGGGUUGAAGCGGUUAUUGCCUGAAAACUCAAACAUGCCGAUCACGGAUAUUGUGGAGUCCAUCAUGGAGCCGAGCUCUAAGCCGAGCGCCGCGACCGACGGUUACUUGUACUUUGACCCGAAAAUGGCACGCGGCGGCGCAACGCGUCAGCCGGUCAAGAUAAGCUAUGCCGACGGGAUUGUGUUUGUGGUGGGCGGUGGUAACUACUUGGAGUACCAGAAUUUGAAGGAGUGGACCGCUGGGAAGCACGGUCAGACCCACGGCACCAAGCAUGUAGUGUACGGGAGCACUGCAGUGGUGUCCGCAGAAGAGUUCCUUACGGAAUGCGCGGAGUUGGGGAACUAGCGUGCAGAAGGGUUUGGGCCACGAGCGUGGUUUUCGUUAACACAUAAGUCUAGCGGAGAUUUUUUCAAGACUUGUAUUCUACAAAACUAGUGUUUCCUGUUAUCGUAUGUACCCAGUGAAACAUAGAUCUAAGUGAAACAUAAAUUCAAGUGAUAAUUACGUACUGAAAGA